CAGGCAGGUAGUUGGCUCUGGCAGAUCCUGGCUAGCUGGUGGUUCUGGAAGAUCCUGGCUGACUGGCGGAUCCUGGCCGACUGGUGGAUCCUGGCUUACUGGCGGCUCUAGCUGCUCCAUGCAGACAGACAUCCCUGGCUGAUCCAUGCAGACUGGCAGCUCUGGCAGCUCCAUGCAGACUGGCAGCUCCAUGCAGACUGGCAGCUCUGGCUGCUCCAUGCAGACUGGCAGCUCUGGCUGCUCCAUGCAGACUGGCAGCUCUGGCUGCGCUGAACAGGCAGGAGACUCCGGCAGCGCUAGACAGGCGAGGCGCACUGAAGGCCUGGUGCGUGGUGCUGGCACUGGUCGUACUGGACCGAGGACACGCACAGGAAGCCUGGUGUGGGGAGCUGCCACCGGAGGACUGGUGUGUGGAGGUGGCACUGGAUAGACCGGACCGUGCAGGCGCACUGGAGCUCUUGAGCACAGAGCCUGCCCAACCUUA